ACCCUCCCCCUCGGCGCUCCACAGACACAAGGGUUGGAGUGAUGGGUGGGAGGGAGGGAGGGACGGACGGAGGGUGGGGAGAGUUCUGUCCUCCUGCUCAGUCGGUGGAGAGGAGGGAGAGGGGAGAGACCCUCACCGAGCGCUCAGGCCGAGCGGAGAGCGGCCGCCGGGAGGGGCUGAGGCGGCGAUGAACAACUCUCUGUCUCUCCGCCCCCCGCUCAACAUGGCGCAAAACCGCGGCGCGGGCGAGCAGCGGAGCGGGCGCUGAGCCGAGCCGGGCCGGGCCGGGCCGGGCGAGCCAUGUCCCGCUGGACGCCGAGCCGCCGGGACAAGUACGGGGUCGCUAUUUACAACUACGAUGCCUCCCAAGAGCAGGAGCUAUCUCUCCAGGUGGGGGAUACUGUGCACAUCCUGGAGACCUAUGAAGGCUGGUACAGAGGAUAUUGUCUUCGGAACAAAUCAAAGAAGGGUGUCUUUCCUGCAUCCUACGUCCAUUUGAAGGAGACAGCGGUGGAAGGAGGAGGGCAAGACGAGACGGUCAUAUCCAACGAACUACCAUUGGUCCAAGAACUCACCAUGACCCUGAGAGAAUGGGCAGUCAUCUGGCACAAAAUAUACCUGAGUGGCAACAAGGCCCUGUUUCAACACGUGCAGCAGAUGACGUACUGCCUGAUCGAGUGGCACUCCCAGAUCAUCUCUGGAACACUCCCGAAGGACGAGCUCUUGGAACUGAAGAGGAAGGUCAUUGCCAAGAUCGACUAUGGGAACAGAAUCCUCGGCCUAGACCUGGUGGUACGAGAUGAAGACGGCAACGUCCUCGACCCCGAUCAGACCAGCACCAUCACACUCUUCAAGGUUCACGAGUCUAUUUCCCGAGGAAUCGAUGAGAGAAUCCAGGAGGAGAAGUCCAGAAUCCACAGCAUGGAGGUGAGACGCCAGUCCAUCUUCAGCACCACCCACACCUACAGCCUCUACGUCAACCUGAAGAACUUUGUCUGCAACAUCGGUGAGGACGCCGAGCUGCUGAUGUCACUCUAUGACCCCGUUCAGUCGGAAUUCAUCAGUGAAAACUACCUGGUGCGGUGGAGCAGGACAGGAGUGCCGAAGGAGAUCGAGCGGCUCAACAAACUGGAGGCUCUUUUCACUGACCUCAGCAGCAGUGACCUGAUCCGACUGAAGAUCAGCCUGGUGUGUCAGAUCGUCCGAGUUGGACACAUGGAACUGAAAGAGGGCAAAAAGCACACGUGUGGUCUCCGCCGACCCUUCGGGGUGGCAGUCAUGGACAUUACAGACAUGAUCGGUGGGAGGAUUGACGACGAGGAGAAGCAGCACUUUAUUCCCUUCCAACAGAUUGCGAUGGAGACGUACAUCCGCCAGAGGCAGCUCAUCAUGUCGCCCCUGCUGACUUCCAGAGUGAUCGGCGAGAACGAGCCCCUGACCUCCGUCUUUAACAAAGUUAUCGCCGCCAAAGAGGUCAACCACAAAGGCCAAGGCCUCUGGGUCUCGAUGAAGCUCCUUCCCGGUGACAUCCAGCAGGUCCACAAGGACUUCCCACACUUGGUCGGCAGGUCGACGGCAGUGGUUCGGAAAAUGGGAUUCCCGGAAAUCGUCCUUCCAGGAGACGUCCGAAACGAUAUCUACAUCACCCUGGUGCAAGGGGAGUUCGAUAAGGGAAAGAAAAAAACGCCAAAGAACGUAGAGGUGACCAUGGGGGUGUACGACGAGGACGGUAACCGGAUCGAGAAGGCCAUCUUUCCGGGAGCAGGCUACGAGGGAAUUUCAGAGUACAAGUCGGUUAUCUACUACCAGCUGAAGCAACCAUUUUGGUAUGAGACGGUGAAGGUGGCCAUUGCGAUUGAAGAUGUUCACCACUGUCACCUGCGCUUCACCUUCCGACACCGUUCUUCACAGGAGUCGAAAGACAAGUCCGAGAAGCUCUUUGGGAUGGCGUUCGUGAAGUUAAUGAAGUCCGAUGGCACCACGCUCCGCGACGGGAAGCAUGACUUGAUCGUCUUUAAGGGAGAUACCAAGAAGGCAGAGGACGCCAAGUGUUACCUCACCCUGCCCGGGACUAAGGAGGAACAGGAGGAGAGAGAGAGCCAGCUCGGGAAGGGGCCACAUCACUCCUAUGGCCUAUCUGUCCUCAAGGACAGUUUCCAGAUCUCCACCCUUGUCUGCUCAACGAAGCUUACCCAGAACGUUGACUUGCUGGGGCUGCUGAACUGGCGAAGCAGUCACAGGAGCAUCGAGCAGAACCUGAGGCGCCUGAUGGAAGUGGAUGGGAGCGAGAUUGUCAAGUUCCUACAGGACACGCUGGACGCCCUCUUCAACAUAAUGAUGGAGAUGUCAGAGAGCGAAGCCUAUGACUUCCUGGUCUUUGAUGCCCUGGUUUUUAUCAUCUCCCUGAUCGGAGACAUAAAGUUCCAGCAUUUCAAUCCGGUCCUGGAAGCGUACAUCGCCCAUCACUUCAGUGCGACCCUCGCCUACGUGAAACUGGCAAAGGUGCUCAAUUACUACGUCUCAAAUGCUGAAAACGCGGAGAAAACCGACCUGCUUUUUGCGGCGCUGAAAGCAAUGAAAUACCUUUUCCGAUUCAUAAUCCAGUCGCGGAAACUGUACCUGAGGAUUUAUGGGAGCGGGAAGGACGACAACGAGUUUAACGAGUCCAUCCGAAAACUCUUUCUCUCGUUCAACUCACUCAUGGAUAGACCGUUGGAGGAAUCUGUGAAGAUUAAGGGGGCGGCAUUAAAAUAUCUCCCGACCAUCGUUAACCACGUGAUGCUGGUGUUCGACCCCGUGGAGCUGAGUGUUCUCUACACCAAGUUUAUCCAGAGUAUCCCCGACAACCAGCUGGUACGACAGAAGCUGAACUGCAUGAGCAAGAUCGUGGAGAGCGAACUCUUCAGACAGCCCGACUGCCGAGACGUCCUGCUGCCUCUCAUCAUCGACCAGCUCAGCGGUCAGCUGGACGACAACUCCAGCCGGCCAGACCACGAGGCCUGUGCCGCACUGCUCAGCAGCACGCUGGAGAUGCUGGACAGGGACGACAUCGGGCCACAGAAAGUCCACGUUCAGCUGCUCAUGGAGAGGCUCCUGAGACGCAUCAACCGUACCGUCAUCGGGAUAAACCGUCAGUCUGGUCUCAUUGGCUCUUUUGUUGCCUGUAUGAUAGCAGUACUGAAGCAGAUGGAAGAUUACCACUAUACACAUUACAUCAACACGUUCAAGACCCGACACGAUAUCAUAGACUUCCUGAUGGAAACCUUCAUUAUGUUUAAGGAUCUUAUUGGGAAGAAUGUUUACCCUUCGGACUGGAUGGUGAUGAACAUGGUCCAGAACAGGGUCUUCCUACGAGCCGUCAAUCAGUUUGCUGCUGUCCUGAACAAGCUCUUCCUAGACCCGGCAAACUUUGAGUUACAGCUCUGGAACAACUACUUCCACCUGGCAAUCGCCUUCCUCGUGCACGACUCCCUGCAGCUGGAGAACUUCUCGAGUGAGAAACGGAACAAGAUCAUCAACAAGUAUGGAGACAUGAGAAGGGAGAUUGGGUUCAAAAUAAGGGACAUGUGGUAUAACCUCGGUCCCCACAAGAUUAAGUUCAUCCCAGGGAUGGUGGGGCCGAUCUUGGAGAUGACUCUGGUCCCAGAGCCCGAGCUCAGGAGAGCCACAAUUCCCAUCUUCUUCGACAUGAUGCAGUGCGAAUUCAGCGUCCACAGGUGCUUCCACGCUUUUGAGAAUGAGCUGAUCACCAAACUGGACCAGGAAGUGGAAGGUGGCCGGGGAGACGAGAUGUACAAAGUUCUCCUGGAGAAAAUUCUGUUGGAGCACUGCCGAAAGCACAAGUACCUGGCGGCGUCGGGAGAAGCCUUCGUCCUGCUGGUGACCAGCCUGCUGGAGAACCUGCUCGACUACAGGACCAUCAUGCACGAUGAAAGCAAAGAGAACCAGAUGAGCUGCACCGUCAACGUGCUGAAUUUCUACAAGGAGAAGAAGCGGGAAGACAUCUACAUCAGGUAUCUGUACAAGCUGCGGGAUCUGCAUCGCGACUGUGAGAAUUACACCGAGGCUGCCCACACAUUGCUCCUCCACGCAGAGUUGCUCCAGUGGUCCGACCAGCCCUGCGCUGCUCACCUCAUCCACAGGGAGGACUACCAGGCCCUGACCAACCGUGAGCUGAAGGAGAAGCUGUACCAGGAGAUCAUCCACUACUUCGACAGGGGCAAGAUGUGGGAGAGUGCCAUCAGGCUGAGCAAGGAGCUCGCCGCCAUGUACGAGAACGAGGUCUUCGAAUAUGAGGAGCUGAGCCACCUCCUGAAGCAGCAGGCGAACUUUUACGAGAACAUCAUGCAGGCGAUGAGACCCCCUCCUGAGUACUUCGCUGUCGGCUUUUAUGGACAGGGGUUCCCCUCCUUCCUGCGGAACAAGAUGUUCAUUUACCGGGGGAAGGAGUAUGAACGUUAUGAGGACUUCCGGCUGAAGCUGGCCACGCAGUUCCCCAACGCAGAGAAGAUGACCAGUACGUCCCCGCCCAGCGAGCAGCUGAGGAACUCCCCCCAGCAGUACGUCCAGUGCUUCACUGUGAAGCCGGUUCUCGAUCUCCCAUUACAGUACAAGGACAAGCCCGUUCCAGAGCAGAUCUUAAACUUCUACCGAGCCAACGAGGUUCAGCAGUUCCAGUACUCCCGGCCGUUCCACCAAGGAGAGAAGGAUCCUGACAACGAGUUUGCGACUAUGUGGAUUGAACGAGUGACAUAUACCACAGUAUACAAGUUCCCUGGUAUUCUGCAGUGGUUCGAGGUGAAGACUGCCACAGUGGAGGAGAUCAGCCCGCUGGGGAAUGCCAUCGAAACCAUGGAGCAGGCCAAUGAGAAGAUCAGUAACAUGGUGCAGCAGCACGCCUGGGACCGUUCCCUGCCUGCCCACCCCCUCUCCAUGCUCCUCAACGGCAUCGUCGACGCAGCGGUGAUGGGUGGGUUCGCAAACUACGAGAAGGCCUUCUUCAGUCCCAAGUACAUUCAGGAACAUCCUGAAGACCAGGAGAAGAUCGACACCCUGAAGCAACUCAUUGCCUUACAGAUCCCGUUGCUGGCUGAAGGAAUCCGAAUUCACGGGGAGAAAUCGACAGAGGAGCUGAGGCCGCUGCAUGACCGGAUCGUGUCUUGCUUCCGGGAGCUGAAGGAGAAAGUUCAGAAGCUGUACGGUGUGAUAACCCUGCCGCCAACUCUCACCGACAGGAAACGGAGCAGGUCAGGGUCCAUGGUCCUUCCUUAUAUAAUGUCAUCCACGCUGCGCCGCCUUUCUACCGUCUCAAUGGCCUCGUCAGUGGUGUCCAGCUCGUCUACGUCGUCGGACAGUGUCUCGUCUAGACCAGCCUCCAACGGCUCUGUCCUGGACCCACUCCUGGAGCGAAGGCCUUCGACUCUCUCCCGGCCGGACGACGGCCUGGACAGAGAGGACCUCGAUGGUCGAGUGAACAAGGCCAAGAGAAAAGAGAAGAACCUCAGUAAAUCUCAAGUCAUCUUUGAGAAGGAGCCAAGGAGCGAGCUCUCCCCUGACAAGGUCUGUUCUUCUGAAGUAAUUUCGCCCCUGAGACCACAGCGACCCAAGAGCCUUCAGGUUGGUGACAAGCGUCUGCCUACAUUCCAGAUCUUCUCGCAACUGACCCUGUCCCCAUCGCAGGGCACGACACCCGCUACCACAAAGAACCCGAGUCAGCCGCUGCUCCAGACUGGCUCAGAGACGACUCCCAGCCCUGGCGAGACAACCAACCCACCACCACCUCCUCCCAAGAGCAAACCCUUUGAGAACGGAAGUCAACGGGACUCCCUAAAGCCCGCUCCACCACUUCCUGAGAAGAACUCCCCGCGGCCCCCACCUCCGCCUCCGAAAGCCCGACAAUCUCAAGCGACCUUCCCGCACGGAUACCUCCCAGGAGCCGAGUAGCCGGUGCCGGUCAGGAUUUCCGCCGCCGCCCCUCCCCGGUGUGGGGGCGAAGGGAGGGAGGGAUCUUUGUGGACGAGGUCUCCACGCGGCAUCCAGGCGAAGGUAGAGCCGGUCUCAGGUGGAGAAAGAGUAUAACAGGGGUUUGGCUCGCCCUGGGCGGCUGGAGUUCGCUGGAAUCCAUGCCCUUGGAGGGGGUCCUCACUCGCCCGGUCGGACGGCCACGCUGUCGUGGUGCUGCAUGAGCCAACGUUCGUCAACUCCCACACUCCACUUCCCCCCGGGUGUCUCAACCGCGGACAGCGUCAACUGUCGCCCAGCCAAGCCCAGCAGCUGAUUCAACACUGAAACCAUUUGCCACCUUGGCACAAGGCCCCCUGAGGCAGGGGUACAGACAAAAACGCAGAGAGGAGAGAAUCCACCCCCCCAACACUAAGCACAGUUUUCGUAACAGGGUUGGGGCAGGGGAGGUUAAAAAGCCCAAUAUAACGUGCUGCUGAUAUAGAAACAAUAUCCUAACUGAAGACAUAACUGGAAAGGGGAAAUAUAAAGAUCAAACAGAAAUCAAAGGAGUAAUCCCGGAAAGGGGUGACUAUAAUGUCAGUAUUUCAUUACACAUUCUUUCUUCCUACGAGUAUGAAAUAUGAUUAGCAACGCACUCUUCAUGUUGUAUAUUAAGCGCAAAAGAGGGAAAUUAACAUUAAUUUAAGGUUCCUAAUAUUUGAAUAUAAGAAUAUUACCUGAGAGGACCAAGUUUACAUAAUUCUGUGACGACAUUUCUAAUCCCCAGUAGAGUUCCUGACUAUAUUGGGGCUGGGAGGAACCAGGAAAAGUUGGUGCGUGACUGAAGAUGCAGAGAACACCCAAAAUUCAGAUGUGGGUAAAUGGAACUAGGCUGGAAAACAGGAAAGCAGGGGUUUGAUGGGCCAAAGGGUCUGUUUGUGUGCUAUAUGACUGUCAACCUUCUGAUCUCACCUUAUAUUCACUUUGCUGAGCUAGUGGUGAGUAAGGACAGCUGCUGGAGGUGACAGGUUGGGUUUGAGUGACGCUUACGUAAUCACUGGCGGUCUCCCCUUCUCCCCCAAGGUCCAUUUGACAUCUCCAGACCUCCAAUCCCACUGUUCUCCAAAUUAACAAUCCCAGAAACAUUCCAAACUCAUUGGCUCCAUUUGUUCUUUCUGACAACACAAACUCUGCAAGGACACACACACACACACACACAGUUGUAAGGGGAGCAUGCUGUAUUUUGGGCGCCAUGUUGUGGUUAGCACAACGCUUUACGGUACUGGCGACCCAGGUUCAAUUCCCGACAUUGCCUGUACGGAGCUUGUACUUUCUGGCCGUGACCGUGCGGGUUUCCUUCCAGAGUCCAAACUCAUACUGAUUGGUAGAUUCAUUGGUCAUUGUCGAUUGUACCAUAACUAGGCUAGGAUUAAAUUGGGAGAUGCUGACCAGCACGGCUCAAAGGGCCGAAGGGCCUAUUGGGCUCAAUAAAUAAAUGAAAAACAGAAGAAAAUCUGCAGCUGCUGCAAAUUCCUCCUCAACAUGCACAAAAUGCUGGAGGAACUCAGCAGGUCAGGCAGCGUCUAUGGCAAAAGGUACAGUCAACAUUUUGGGCUGAGAGCCUUCGGCAGAAAUAAAUAAAUUGAUUGUUUGGGAUUUCUAGCCUAGUUUUCCAAUGUAAUAAUCCCCAUUUUUUCCUCUCCUAGGUUAAUUCUAUUUUAAUUUGAGAUACAGAACUCUGAACAGUAUAGCACAGUACGGGACCUUCAGCCCACGAGGUUCUUCUAGCCCACCCCAUGAUCAAUCUAACAUUUCUCUCCCCCACAGCACUGCAUUGUUUCUUUCAUCCAAGAGUUAUUAAAUGUCCCUAAUGUAUUUGCCUCCACCAGCCUUAUCAGCACAUUCCCCACAAUCACUGCUCCGUGUAAAAACAGAACUUUUCUGACAUUCCCCUCUAUACUUUCAUCCAAUCUCCUUAAAAUUAUGCCUGCUUGUAUUAGCCACUUCUACCCUGGGGAAAAGGCACUGGCAGUCCACUCUAUCCAUGUGUCAUACACCUGUAUCAAAUCACCUCUCAUCCUCCUUUGCUCCAAAGAGAAAAGCCCUCACUCAUUCAACCUAUCUUCAUAAGACAUGCUCUCUGAUCCAGGCAGCAUCCUGGUCAAUCUCCUCUGCACCCUCUCUAAUCCAGGCAGCAUCCUGGUCAAUCUCCUCUGCACCCUCUCUAAUCCAGGCAGCAUCCUGAUAAAUCUCCUCUGCACCCUCUCUAAUCCAGGCAGCAUCCUGGUCAAUCUCCUCUGCACCCUCUCUAAUCCAGGCAGCAUCCUGGUCAAUCUCCUCUGCACCCUCUCUAAAGCUUCCACAUCAUUAUGUGCAGUAUCAUAUGACAUGGGCUAACAUGGUCUUUGACCAUGAUUGUUCUUGGCAAAUUUUUCUACUGUUGCCUUCUUCAGGGCAGUGUCUUUACAAGAUGGGUGACCCCAGCUAUUAUCAAUACUCUUCAGAGAUUGGCUGCCUGGUGUCAGUGGUCACAUAACCAGGACUGUGAUCUGCACCGGCUGUCUCCAUGGUUUCACAUGUGGAGUGGGGUGGGGGGAGCUAAGCAGGUGCUUCGGAAGUGGGGGGGUGGAAGGGGCUCAGUACAACUCUUUUGGAAUGAACACAUCUCCCCCGCCACCCAAAAAAGCUUCCACAUCCUUCCUUUAUAAUGAAGCGAACAGAACUGAACACAAUACUGCACGUGUGGUCUAGCCAGAGCUUACUACUCAAUUCCAUGACUGAUGAAGGCCGACACCACAUGCCUUUUAAACCACCCUUUCCACAUUGAGGAAUCGAUAGAUGUGAACCCCUAGAUCUGUCUGGUCCUACACACUGCUCAGAAUCCUGCCGCGGUGAAGUUGGUCAUUAGUUUGAGGAUUCGAGGGCGCAGAUGUAAAAUUUAAGACAAACGAUACGAGAAGAAGACAGACUGCACUCUAGCUCACGGGCAGAUGGGACCACACAGUCCUCAAAGUCAAAGUAAAUUUAUUAUCAAAGUAUACGGCACCAUGUACAACCCUGAGAUUCAUUUUCUUGCUGGGAUUUAAUGGAAAAUAAAGAAGCACAGUAGAAUUUCUCACCCCAACUACUUCAGGUGUAUACCUUGCUGCUACAGGGUCCCAAACUGGAAUGGGAGUGUUUUGCAAGGGAGCGUCCAGCUGAGGACGUUACUGGGUGGGUCGCUGGAACAAGCUUCCGUUUCUAAAACAGUAAAUGAAAAAUCAAACCACAACCCCGCAGAUGCUGGAAAUCUGAACUGAACAUAAAAUGCUGACAAUACUCAGUAUGUCAGGCAGCAGCUGUAGAGGGAGAACUUUUUGCUGGAGAGAUUCCCAAAGAGCUUCCUCUCCACAGGUGCUGCCCAAACUGCUGAAUUUUCCCAUUAUUUUCUAUUUCUAACCAAUCCUUGUCAAUCCUAUCCCAGAGACAUGUGACUGAGAAUUAAGAUUGCAAAGUUCAGGCCAAAUUAAAAGUGACAUAUAGCUCUUCAAAUAUGGCAUUCAGAAUUUUUUUUUAAACUUGAUUCAGUUUAAUCUUUAACAUGCACUCCCAGUGUAAAGUUUGUAAAUAUAACUGAUUUUUAAAAUAAAUGUCAUUAUUGAAAUGAGUGCAUUUGUGCUGAGCUCAACCAUAACGAAGCGAGUCCUUUGAUUGAAUUCUAAACCGAUGCUCUUGUUUCAUUAUUAAAUAUGAUGAGUUUA